UUCUAAAAUAUUAUCAAUUUGUGUUAUUUUGGUAGCAGUACAUGUCACUUUUGUUUUUUUAUUGUAGGUAUAUGCGUGAAUAUGUUUUACUUGUGAGAGAUCAUUGCUCUCUUAUUUGUGUCGAUGACAAACAUAAAGUCAAGGUAGGGGAGCCAGGGUUUCCUGUGGCCUCAGCAGAAAGGGGGAGGAGAGUAGCAGUGCGUGCUGAUGAAAAUUUUGUAGUGGGAGACCAUGAUUUUAAGAAGUUUGGGCUUAUUCCAUCAGUGACUUUUAUUAUCAAGAUUCCAGAUGAAAUUUGUGGUUCAUGGUAUGAUGGUAAAGUGUAUGUUGGUCUUAAAGAUUCAGUGUUUGAACCUUCCUCUCCUAUUCGCCACAUGACAGAAUUAUAUCAGACUAUUUUGAAGACUGAAACUCAUAAAAAGCCUAUAUUAUUUAUAUACUCGGACGGUGGACCAGACCAUCGCCUGACAUACAUCUCAGUUCAGCUGUCUUUAAUAUGUCUCUUUAUUAAGCUAGACCUGGAUUAUCUUUGUGCUUGUCGCACUGCACCUUAUCACAGUUGGAGAAAUCCGGUUGAGCGAAUUAUGUCUAUUUUAAACUUAGGAUUGCAGUGUGUAGGACUUGCAAGGGAGCAGAUGACUGAGGAGUUUGAGAAAGAAGCAGCAAAAGCGAAUUCGUUAUCAGAGUUAAGAGCCAUUGCAUCACAAACCAGUGGAUUUGAAGCAGCUGUUGCAAGCUCACUUUCACCUGUAAAAUCUCUACUUUAUAGUAUUUUUAAUCGUCUCAAGCUUCACGAUGACUAUAUUCACACAUUUGAUUCUGCGUCUACAAAUGGAUAUA